CGCCUGCCCUCACUGCGGCGCUCGGGCGCACAGUGUGGGGGCGCACGCCGGGAGGCUCGGCGAGACCCGGAGGCAGGAAACCGCACAACUGCUCUUCUGCCUCGGCUCUUUGUUGUUCGCUUUGGAUGGUGCUUGGAAGUGGCCGAGCCUCCUCGGAAACCCUGGAGCCAGAGGCGGCAAACCUUGGAAUUCUUAGUCUGCAAAGGGCUCUGAGGUAUUGACAAGCGUCCGGAAAGGUCGACAAGUAAUUGCCCUGAAAACUCUCGGCGGAUUGACCCACGUUGCUUAUAUUAAGCCUUUGUGUGUAGUGUGUGUGGUGUGUGGCUUCAUAAAUUUGGGGACCCCAUUUCUACUCCCUCCUCUUGGCAUGAGACUGUAUGCAGGAUCCACCCGAGGACAAUGAUCGCGGAGCCUGCUCACUUUUACCUCUUUGGAUUAAUAUGUCUCUGUUCAGGCUCCCGUCUUCGUCAGGAAGAUUUUCCACCUCGCAUUGUUGAACACCCUUCCGACCUAAUUGUGUCAAAAGGAGAACCUGCCACUUUGAACUGUAAAGCCGAAGGCCGCCCCACACCCACUAUCGAAUGGUACAAAGGGGGGGAGAGAGUGGAGACAGACAAAGAUGACCCUCGCUCACACCGAAUGUUGCUGCCAAGUGGAUCUUUAUUUUUCUUACGUAUAGUACAUGGACGAAAAAGUAGGCCUGAUGAAGGGGUCUACGUCUGUGUAGCAAGGAAUUACCUCGGAGAGGCCGUGAGCCAUAACGCAUCGCUGGAGGUGGCGAUCCUACGGGAUGACUUCAGACAAAAUCCUUCUGAUGUCAUGGUGGCCGUGGGGGAGCCUGCUGUGAUGGAAUGCCAACCUCCACGAGGCCAUCCCGAACCCACCAUUUCCUGGAAGAAAGAUGGCUCUCCACUGGAUGACAAAGAUGAAAGAAUAACUAUACGAGGCGGAAAGCUCAUGAUUACUUACACCCGCAAAAGUGAUGCUGGCAAAUAUGUUUGUGUUGGUACCAACAUGGUUGGGGAACGUGAGAGUGAAGUAGCGGAGCUAACUGUUUUGGAGAGACCAUCGUUUGUGAAGAGACCUAGCAACUUGGCUGUGACUGUGGACGACAGUGCAGAAUUCAAAUGUGAGGCCCGAGGCGACCCUGUGCCUACGGUACGAUGGAGAAAAGACGAUGGGGAACUGCCCAAAUCCAGAUAUGAAAUCAGAGAUGAUCAUACCCUGAAGAUUCGGAAAGUGAUGGCUGGUGACAUGGGGUCAUACACUUGUGUGGCAGAAAAUAUGGUUGGAAAGGCUGAAGCAUCAGCUACUCUGACUGUCCAAGUUGGGUCUGAACCUCCACACUUUGUUGUGAAACCCCGUGACCAGGUUGUUGCCUUGGGACGAACUGUAACGUUCCAGUGUGAAGCAACCGGAAAUCCUCAACCAGCUAUUUUUUGGAGAAGAGAGGGGAGUCAGAAUCUGCUUUUCUCAUAUCAGCCACCUCAGUCAACCAGCCGCUUUUCGGUCUCCCAGACUGGUGAUCUCACUAUCACUAACGUCCAACGAUCUGAUGUCGGUUAUUAUAUCUGCCAGACUUUAAAUGUUGCCGGAAGUAUCAUCACAAAAGCAUAUUUGGAAGUUACUGAUGUGAUUGCAGACCGGCCUCCCCCCAUCAUUCGGCAAGGUCCUGGGAAUCAGACUGUGGCAGUGGAUGGUACUGUAGUGCUCAGCUGUGUGGCCACAGGCAGUCCGGUGCCCACGAUUCUGUGGAGAAAGGAUGGAGUCCUUGUGUCAACCCAAGAUUCUCGAAUCAAGCAGCUGGAGACGGGAGUGCUACAGAUCCGAUACGCUAAGCUGGGUGACACAGGUCGGUACACCUGCAUUGCAUCGACCCCCAGUGGUGAAGCAACAUGGAGUGCUUACAUUGAAGUCCAAGAAUUUGGAGUUCCAGUUCAGCCUCCGAGACCCACUGACCCAAAUUUAAUCCCUAGUGCCCCCUCAAAACCCGAAGUUACAGAUGUCAGCAGAAACACAGUAACAUUGUCAUGGCAACCAAAUUUGAAUUCGGGUGCAACUCCAACAUCUUAUAUUAUAGAAGCCUUCAGCCAUGCAUCUGGUAGCAGUUGGCAGACCGUAGCCGAGAACGUGAAAACAGAAACAUUUGCCAUUAAAGGACUCAAACCUAAUGCAAUUUACCUUUUCCUUGUGAGGGCAGCAAAUGCGUAUGGAAUUAGUGAUCCGAGCCAGAUAUCAGACCCAGUGAAAACGCAAGAUGUUCCCCCAACGAGUCAGGGAGUAGAUCACAAGCAGGUCCAGAGAGAGCUGGGAAAUGUUGUACUGCACCUCCACAACCCUACCAUCCUUUCUUCCUCUUCAAUCGAAGUGCACUGGACAGUGGACCAACAGUCUCAGUAUAUUCAAGGAUAUAAAAUUCUUUAUCGGCCAUCUGGAGCCAACCAUGGUGAAUCAGAGUGGUUAGUUUUUGAAGUGAGGACCCCAGCCAAAAAUAGCGUGGUUAUCCCUGAUCUCAGAAAGGGGGUCAACUAUGAAAUUAAGGCUCGUCCUUUUUUUAAUGAAUUUCAAGGAGCAGAUAGUGAAAUUAAAUUUGCCAAAACCUUAGAAGAAGCACCCAGUGCCCCACCCCAAAGUGUAACUGUAUCAAAGAAUGAUGGAAAUGGAACUGCAAUUCUUGUUAGUUGGCAGCCGCCUCCAGAAGACACUCAGAAUGGAAUGGUCCAAGAGUAUAAGGUUUGGUGUCUGGGCAAUGAAACUCGCUAUCAUAUAAACAAGACGGUGGAUGGCUCCACCUUUUCUGUGGUCAUUCCUUCUCUGGUUCCUGGGAUCCGAUACAGUGUAGAGGUGGCCGCCAGCACUGGGGCCGGGGCUGGGGUGAAGAGUGAACCACAGUUCAUCCAGUUAGAUUCUCACGGAAACCCCGUGUCACCUGAAGACCAAGUCAGCCUUGCUCAGCAGAUCUCCGACGUUGUGAAGCAGCCAGCAUUCAUUGCAGGAAUCGGGGCGUCCUGUUGGAUCAUCCUCAUGGUCUUUAGCAUCUGGCUGUAUCGACACCGGAAAAAGAGAAAUGGACUGACCAGUACUUAUGCGGGUAUCAGAAAAGUAACUUAUCAGAGAGGAGGUGAAGCUGUGAGCAGUGGAGGGAGGCCAGGACUUCUGAACAUCAGCGAACCUGCCACGCAGCCAUGGCUGGCAGACACGUGGCCCAAUACUGGCAACAAUCACAAUGACUGCUCCAUCAAUUGCUGCACGGCAGGCAAUGGAAACAGUGAUGGCAACCUGACCACCUACAGUCGCCCAGCUGAUUGUAUAGCCAAUUAUAACAACCAACUGGAUAACAAACAAACAAAUCUGAUGCUCCCUGAGUCAACUGUUUAUGGUGAUGUGGACCUUAGUAACAAAAUCAAUGAGAUGAAAACCUUCAAUAGCCCAAAUCUGAAGGAUGGGCGUUUUGUCAAUCCAUCAGGGCAGCCCACUCCUUACGCCACCACCCAGCUCAUCCAGUCAAACCUCAGCAACAACAUGAACAAUGGCAGUGGGGACUCCAGCGAGAAGCACUGGAAACCGCCUGCACAGCAGAAACAGGAAGUGGCCCCCAUUCAGUAUAACAUCAUGGAGCAAAACAAACUGAACAAAGAUUAUCGAGCAAAUGACACAAUUCCUCCAACUAUCCCAUACAACCAAUCAUACGACCAGAAUACAGGAGGAUCCUACAACAGCUCGGACCGGGGCAGUAGUACAUCUGGUAAGUAUGGGAACCAAAGAGAAAGUCAGUCUCUCCUUUACUAUGACCAAGAAAUGCCGUGUCCCGUGCCACCAGCAAGGAUGUAUUUGCAACAGGAUGAACUAGAAGAGGAGGAAGAUGAGCGAGGCCCCACUCCCCCUGUGCGGGGAGCAGCUUCUUCUCCAGCUGCGGUGUCUUAUAGCCAUCAGUCCACUGCCACUCUGACCCCCUCCCCACAAGAAGAACUCCAGCCCAUGUUGCAGGACUGCCCGGAGGAGACUGGCCACAUGCAGCACCAACCCGAUAGGAGACGGCAGCCGGUGAGCCCCCCUCCACCACCACGACCGAUUUCCCCACCACAUACCUACGGAUACAUUUCAGGACCUCUUGUCUCAGAUAUGGAUACAGAUGCGCCAGAAGAGGAAGAAGAUGAAGCGGACAUGGAAGUCGCCAAGAUGCAGACCAGACGGCUUUUGUUACGUGGCCUUGAGCAGACCCCUGCCUCCAGUGUGGGGGACCUUGAGAGCUCUGUCACUGGGUCCAUGAUCAAUGGCUGGGGCUCAGCCUCAGAGGAGGACAACAUUUCCAGUGGACGUUCCAGUGUGAGUUCUUCUGAUGGCUCCUUCUUCACCGAUGCUGAUUUUGCCCAGGCGGUGGCAGCAGCUGCGGAGUAUGCUGGUCUGAAAGUCGCACGUCGUCAAAUGCAGGAUGCUUCUGGCCGCCGCCAUUUUCAUGCGUCCCAGUGCCCUCGACCCACAAGUCCUGUUUCUACAGACAGCAACAUGAGUGCUGCUCAAAUACAGAAGGCCAGACCAGCCAAGAAGCAAAAACACCAGCCAGGACAUCUGCGCAGAGAAGCCUACACAGAUGAUCUUCCACCUCCUCCCGUGCCACCACCUGCUAUAAAGUCACCCACUGUCCAGUCCAAGGCACAGCUGGAGGUGCGACCUGUAAUCGUGCCAAAACUCCCUUCUAUAGAAGCAAGAACAGACAGAUCAUCAGAUAGAAAAGUAGGCAGUUACAAGGGGAGAGAAGUAUUGGAUGGAAGACAAGUUGCUGAUAUGAGAACCAAUCUGGGUGAUACCAGAGAAGCACAGGAACAGCAAAAUGAUGGCAAAGGACGAGGAAAUAAGGCAGCAAAACGAGACCUUCCACCAGCAAAGACUCACCUCAUCCAAGAGGAUAUUCUACCUUACUGUAGACCUACUUUUCCUACAUCCAAUAAUCCCAGAGAUCCUAGUUCUUCAAGCUCAAUGUCAUCAAGAGGAUCAGGAAGCAGACAAAGAGAACAAGCAAAUGUAGGUCGAAGAAAUAUUGCAGAAAUGCAAGUUCUUGGAGGAUAUGAAAGGGGAGAAGAUAAUAAUGAAGAAUUAGAGGAAACUGAAAGCUGAAAACAACCAGAGAGGCUUGUGAGAUCUAAUGUGAAAAUUAUCACUCAAGAUGCCUCAUGUCUGAUGACACAUGACGCCAGAUAAAAUGUUCAGUGCAAUCAGAGUGUAAAAAUUGUCAUUUUUAUUCCUCCUAUUGGAAUACCAUUUUAAAAAAUUUUAUUGGAGUUUUCGAUUGUGUUGUUUGAUCUUUAUCCUGAAUGAAGAACUUCCCUAUUCCCCUCGCUGUUGGAACAAACCAUUACACCUUACUUCCAGCAAGGGAAAUAUUUGACUUCUUGCUUCAGUCAUCAGCCAGCAAGAGAGAAUGACACAGUUCUUUUGCAUUUUGCCCCUGAGAUAUGGCAUUGCACUGCUUAUAUACCAAGCCAAUUUUUAGCAAAGUAUUGAUCAGAGAUACAAAAUUGAUUAAUCAACCUCAUGCCAAGGGCUGUCAAGAUAAAAUCUUUCUAUAACCAACUGCUAAAUGCAAAUUAAAACAUACUUCAUUUUAACAUGAUUUUUCAAAUCAGUCUUUCAUACCACCCUCUGCUGGGAGAAAAUAAAAUAUAACAAAUGCAGAACAACCACAAAUCAAUUUGAAUGGGGUAGAAACAUUGUAAAUAUAUGCUCUUUGCAACCCCUGGUGGUACUUUAUUUUGUCUUCAUUUCAAUCGUUGAAGUAUAUUCUUCUUGGAAAUAUACUUUUGGAUAAGUAGGGGUAAGCCAGUUGGAUCUCUGGUUGUCUAGUCAUUGUCAUAAGUAAGCCUAGCAAAAAACCUUGUUCUAUUUUUCAAUCAAAUGCAAUUAUAAAUGCAUAUUACAAAAAAUGGAUGUUUUUAAUGACCAAUUGAAUAAGGACAUCCCUAUCUUAACUGGCCUAAAUUUCUUCUGGUAGUGUCAGUUCAACUUUCAGAAGUGCCACUUAAGGAAGUUUGAUUUUUGUUUUUGUAAUGCACUGUUUUUAAUCUUUUUUUUUUUUUUGGUUUUAAAAGCACAAUCACUAAACUUUAUUUGUAAACCAUUGUAACUAUUAACCUUUUUUGUCUUAUUGAAAAAAAAAUGUUGAGAAGCGUUUUUAACCUGUUUUGUUCAUGCUCUAUGUUUGUAUUUGGAAUAUUUGAAUGAUGACAGAUGGUGAAGUAACGUGCGUUCUUUAUUGUGGGCCAUGAACAAUGGUUCUUACUUUUCCUGGACUUAAAGAAAAAAGGGUUUAAGUUUGUUGUGGCCAAUGUUGAAACUUAUAAGAUUUUCUUAUAAGUUCAAAGAGAGGCAUUACUUGCUUUGAAUUGCCAAAUGAUGCCCUCUGACUGUAGAUUUUUAUCCUUUUUUGUUGUUAUAUGAAUUUCAUUGACUUGAUAAUUGGUGCUAUUUGAGGAAAAAAAUAUAUACAUUUAUUCAUACACAGGUAUCAGGCCUGACCCCACUGGAAAACAAAGCCAAACAAAACUGAACCACAAAAAAAAAGCUGGUGUUCACCAAAAACUAAAUGUGUUCACUUAGAUAAUUUGAAAGUUACAUAGAAAGGGUGUGCAGUACUAAGGGAACAAUCCAUGUGAUUAAUGUUUUCAUUAUGUUCAUGUAAGAAACCUCUUAUUUUUAGCCAUAAUUUUGCAUACUGAAAACCAAUAAUCAGAAAAGUAAUUUUGUCACAUUAUUUAUUAAAAAUGUUCUCAAAUACA